UAUUUCAGCCACAAUAACUUGAAUGGUUACAGGGGGUAGCAUAUGUGUGUCGCAACAACGUGGGCCAACGAUUGGACCAUGUCGGCUAAGAACAAAACUAAUUGGAACGUCGCUUGGCUUUGCUUCUACCAUUUCUCCCCCUCUUUGAGAUGGAUCCUUGAUCUUUCCACCCUCACACGAAUUAAUUGAACGAUGUCCCUCCACUCUGCAAUCAGUUCUUUCCGCGCAUAUGCGCGCACGCGACUCAGUGCCCCGGACCAGCACAGUACCGGAAAGUUAGGAUGGCGACUGGCAGAAGUCACGGCGAAGAUGUGGGAUUUAGGAUUCACUGCAUUUGGCGGACCGCCGGUGCAUUUCCAAAUUUUACAUCGGCGUUUCGUAGAUGGCAAAGGACAUUUUGGAGCAAAGUGGAUUGAUGAACAGACUUAUCAAGAGCUCUUCGCCAUCUGUCAGGCACUUCCAGGACCAGCUUCCACGAAAAUGACAUUCUGCAUUGCGAUGAUCCAUGCUGGUCUUCCGGCAGCUAUCCUUGCCUUUUUGCUCUGGAGCUUGCCUGGCGCAAUCGGGAUGUACGCGCUCUCACUCGGUGUGCAGAAAAUGCCUGAUACAUUGCCUCCUACCGUUUACGCGUUGCUGAGCGGGAUGAAUGCAAGUACAGUUGGUAUUAUCGCAUUGGCAGCUGUGCAGCUCGCCGAAAAGGCCAUCAGUGAUCGUAUCACGAGGAUACUAGUCAUAUUUGGUGCUUGUGCGGGCUUGUGCUAUAACUCGCUGUGGUUUUUCCCCGUGCUGAUUGCGAUUGGCGGAGUGACCACUGUGAUCUGGGAUGUUUGGUUGCGUCAAAAGAUCGGGAAGAUCAAGGCUGGUUAUGCAGCAAAAAGGAGAAGAGCUAGGAAUGAAGACGGUGAUGCCGAAGAAAUCGCUAUGACGCAGGAGGCCCCAUCAGCAGAACAACCGCAAGUCACACGCCCAGAAGCAGUCAAGCGCCGACCCCGUGUUGGAAAUUCGAGCGACCAAAUCGCACCCGUUGAAGAAGAUAUAGGUCAGAGUAGUUCGGCAGACCAUCGUAGCACACAGCCGAUUACCGAGGUCGUACCUGCUACUGAUACUCGAACGCACAACAUCUCCAUCAAAGUCGGCCUCUCGCUCAUCGCGGGGUUCUUCAUAUCUUUUACUAUUGUUAUGGUUAUUCGAGGAACGGUUGAUGUUCGCACUCCCGCAUACGAUCUUUUCGCCAACAUGUAUCUCGCCGGUACUAUCAUCUUUGGUGGUGGUCCCGUUGUUAUUCCGCUUCUCCGCUCGUAUGUCGUCGACCCGGGAUGGGUUUCACCCCGGGAUUUCCUACUUGGUCUGGCCAUCAUCCAGGCAUUCCCAGGGCCAAAUUUCAACUUUUCUGUUUAUCUGGGUGCACUGACGCUUGCAUCAACGGGCAUUCCUACCGUGUUUGGUGGAUUGUUAGCUUUUAUCGGCAUCUUCUCUCCGGGCAUUAUUCUUGCGGUGGGGGUGCAGUCCAUCUGGCAAGUCUUGAGAACGAAGGCAUGGGUCUUAAGUCUGUUGAGAGGCAUCAAUGCUACAGCUGUGGGCUUGGUCUUUACAGCUGUAUAUCGCCUUUGGGAGAUUGGAUAUCUAACGCCAGAGAGUAGCAGUGGGAAGAGUCUUGCACAAGAACCUUGGUGGGUCGUUGUAGCUGCUGUCACGUAUGCGGAGACCGCUUGGUUUGGCGUUCCACCGGCACUGGCAAUCGUGCUGGGUGCUUUACUGGGCUUAGGCUGGUAUGGUGCUGUUGGUUCAUGA